AUGCACUCUUUGCAAACCUUGCUCGUCGUGCUCGGCAGCGUUCAGGCUGUCCUAGGUGGUCUGCUGCCACCAUCCUCCAUUUGCCGCGACGGCACAAUCUGCGUCGGCGACAAAUCCCAGUGCACAAAAAACAAUGCGGGCUGGAUUUGCUGCGCACCAGGAGAGAAGGCUGUCAACGGGGCAUGCACCGAUGGCUCCGCAACUACAUGCGCCGACGGCAAAACCGUGUGCUCCGGCACCAAGCCUCAGUGCACCACAAACAGCGGCAUCUUUGGGCAGGGCAACUCCAUCUGCUGCGAGAGCGGCGAGCAGGCAAUCUCUGGAAAAUGCUAUCCCGGGAACAAGAGACUGCUCGCUUGCUACGAAGGCGGACUGUGCGAUCUCGACAAGGAGGAGUACUGUGCGUGGACCACGACUGGUGGAUAUUCGCGAUGCUGCAAGCGCAACCAAUAUCUGAACAAUGGCUACAACUGCCUGCCAAAGCCCUAA